AUGGCACCGGGACUAAUAGAACCACAGCCGGCAGUGGAUCCAGUCCGCCAGCAAUCUCUCUCUUCCCUGACCGAGAACUACGAUGAUACCCUCCGCUUCUACCUGAACGGCACCAAAGUCGUUCUGGAUACCGCAGACCCCGAAGUCACCCUCCUCGAAUACCUCAGAGGUAUCGGCUUGACCGGCACGAAGCUAGGGUGUGCCGAAGGAGGCUGUGGUGCGUGCACGGUGGUGGUCUCACAGUACAACCCGACCACCAAGAAGAUAUACCAUGCUUCGGUCAACGCAUGCUUGGCUCCCCUCGUCUCGGUGGAUGGCAAGCAUGUCAUCACCGUCGAGGGUAUUGGGAAUGUCAAGAGACCCCAUCCGGCGCAAGAGCGUAUCGCAAAGAGCAAUGGCAGUCAGUGUGGAUUUUGCACCCCGGGCAUUGUCAUGAGCUUGUAUGCCCUGCUGAGGAACACCGAGACUCCAUCGGAGCAUGAAGUGGAGGAGGCCUUCGAUGGCAACUUGUGCAGGUGUACCGGAUAUCGUCCCAUCCUGGACGCUGCUCAAACGUUUAGCGCGGGAAAGGCAUGUGCGAAAGCCAAGGUGAACGGUGGUGGUGGCUGCUGCAUGGAGAAUGGUGUCAACGGAGCAAGUGGAUGCUGUAAAUCGGGUCCUGAGGAAGACAAGCAGUCCAUCAAGAGAUUCACCCCUCCUGCUUUCAUCGAGUACAAGCCGGACACGGAGCUCAUAUUCCCUCCCGCAUUGAAAAGACAUGAGUACAAACCGCUCGCUUUUGGAAACAAACGCAAGCGAUGGUUCCGUCCCGUGACACUCCAGCAGCUGUUGGAGAUCAAGAGCGCUUACCCUUCUGCCAAAAUCAUUGGAGGAAGCACGGAAACUCAGAUUGAAGUCAAAUUCAAGGCCACCAACUACAAUGUCUCAGUAUUCGUCGGCGACAUUCCCGAGUUGAGACAGUACAAGUUCGAGGACGACUACCUCGAGAUAGGCGGUAAUGUGACAUUGACCGAUCUGGAAUACCUCUCGCUGGACGCCGCGGAGCACUAUGGCGAGCGCAAGGGUCAGCCAUUCGCCGCCAUCAACAAGCAGAUCAAGUACUUCGCAGGAAGACAGAUCAGAAAUGUCGGUACCCCUGCCGGCAACCUCGCAACAGCAUCGCCAAUCUCAGAUUUGAAUCCGGUCUUUGUUGCGACCAAUGCUACUAUAGUGGCCCGGUCGUUGGAGGAAACAAUCGAGAUUCCGAUGAAUGAAUUCUUCAAGGCGUACAGAGUCACUGCCCUCCCUCCGGAUGCGAUCAUUGCGAGCAUAAGGAUACCCGUGUUCCAGGAGAAGGGCGAACAUAUGCGUGCGUACAAGCAGGCGAAGCGCAAGGACGAUGAUAUUGCCAUCGUUAAUGCGGCGUUGCGUGUGCGGCUGGAUGAAGAGAACAAGGUCACGAAUUCAAGCCUGGUAUACGGUGGCAUGGCUCCGAUCACCAUUGGGGCGAAGAAAGCCAUGGAGUACCUGGAAGGCAAGCUGUUCACCGAUCCAAACACCUUGGAAGGUGUCAUGAAUGCUCUGGAGCAAGACUUUGACCUUCGAUUCGGUGUGCCAGGUGGAAUGGCGACGUAUCGAAAGUCUUUGGCAUUAGGAUUCUUUUACAAGUUCUACCAUGAGACUCUUGCGGAGCUCAAUCCCGAAGGGACGGAGAUCGAUCACGACUGUCUUGCUGAGAUUGAGCGGGAGAUCUCCAAAGGCAAGAAGGACCAUGCGGCUGGACGUGCGUAUGAGAAAAAGGUCAUUGGCAAGGAGCAGCCUCACACUGCGGCUCUCAAGCAAUGCACAGGAGAAGCACAGUAUACCGAUGACAUACCCGUGCAGAAGAACGAGCUGUACGGCUGCCUUGUCCUCAGCACCAAGGCCCAUGCGAAGAUCGUCAGUGUCGACGCUUCGCCGGCACUUGACCUUCCAGGUGUUUACGAGUACGUCGAUCACAACGACUUGCCGAACGCAAAAGCAAACUAUUGGGGUGCUCCUAAUUGCGAUGAGACUUUCUUCGCUGUCGACGAAGUCUUCACUGCCGGUCAGCCUAUCGGUAUGAUUCUAGCGACUUCUGCAAAGCUCGCAGAGGCCGGCGCUCGCGCGGUCAAGGUAGAGUACGAAGAGUUGCCGGCCAUCUUCACCAUUGAAGAAGCCAUCGAGGCGAAUAGCUUCUUCGACCACUACCAUUACAUCAACAACGGCGAUGUCGAGAAGGCUUUUUCUGAAGCCGAUCACGUCUUCACCGGCGUAUCACGCAUGGGUGGCCAAGAACAUUUCUACCUCGAGACCCAAGCCUGUGUCGCCGUGCCUAAACCCGAAGACGGAGAAAUGGAAAUCUUCAGCUCCACGCAGAAUCCCACAGAGACUCAGGCUUACGUUGCUCAAGUUACCGGAGUCGAUGCCAACAAGGUCGUCACCAGGGUUAAGCGCCUUGGAGGCGGCUUUGGUGGUAAAGAGACUCGGUCCAUCCAACUCGCGGGUAUCUGUGCCAUCGCGGCGAAGAAGAGCAAUCGUCCUGUCCGCUGUAUGUUGAAUCGCGAUGAGGAUAUCCAGACUUCAGGACAACGACACCCUUUCCUGGCACGGUGGAAAGUUGCCGUCAACAAAGAUGGCAAACUGCAAGCUCUCGACGCAGACGUGUUCAACAAUGGCGGCUGGUCGCAAGAUCUGAGCGCUGCGGUUGUUGACCGCGCUCUUAGUCAUACAGAUGGCUGCUAUAAGAUCCCCAACGUCUUUGUCCGCGGACGCAUCUGUAAGACGAACACCGUCUCCAACACCGCUUUCCGAGGGUUUGGAGGUCCGCAAGGUCUCUUCAUCGCGGAAUCGUACAUUGAAGAGAUCGCGGACCAUCUGGGCAUGGAAGCCGACAAGCUGCGGGAGAUCAACAUGUACCAACCCGGCGAGACGACGCAUUUCAACCAGGAACUGAAAGACUGGUACGUUCCGCUCAUGAUGAAGCAAGUGCGCGAGGAAUCGGAAUACGAUCAGAGGAAGCGCGAAGUGGAAGCUUUCAAUGCGAAGAGUAAAUGGAAGAAAAGGGGGAUCGCGCUUGUCCCGACCAAGUUUGGGAUCUCGUUCACGGCGUUGUUCUUGAAUCAGGCGGGUGCUCUGGUGCAUAUAUACCACGAUGGGUCGGUUCUGGUGGCACAUGGCGGAACGGAAAUGGGACAGGGUCUGCACACGAAGAUGACCAUGAUCGCGGCCGAAGCACUUGGAAUUCCGCAGGAAAACGUCUUCAUCUCGGAGACGGCGACGAACACGGUUGCCAACACCUCUUCCACGGCGGCUUCCGCGUCUUCGGACCUGAACGGCUACGCGAUCUGGAACGCCUGCUCCCAACUCAACCAACGCCUCGCUCCCUACCGCGAGAAACUCGGCCCCGACGCGACGAUGAAACAACUCGCGCACGCCGCGUACUUUGACCGCGUCAAUCUCUCCGCCAACGGCUUCUACAAAACCCCCGACAUCGGCUACGUGUGGGGCCCCAACACGGGGCAAAUGUUCUUCUACUUCACGCAGGGCGUCGCGGCCGCCGAGGUGGAAAUCGACACCCUCACGGGCGACUGGACCUGCCGCCGCGCCGACAUCAAAAUGGACGUCGGCCGCUCCAUCAACCCGGCCAUCGACUACGGACAAAUCGAAGGCGCCUUCAUCCAGGGCCUCGGCCUCUUCACCAUGGAAGAGAGCCUCUGGCACCGCGCCUCGGGCCAGAUCUUCACGCGCGGCCCCGGCGCGUACAAGAUCCCCGGGUUCAGGGAUAUCCCGCAGGAGAUGAAUGUCUCGCUGCUGAAAGACGUGAACUGGGAGCAUCUGCGCACGAUCCAGCGCAGUCGCGGCGUCGGGGAGCCGCCUUUGUUCUUGGGCAGUGCGGUUUUCUUUGCGCUGCGGGAUGCGUUGAAGGCCGCGCGGAGGCAGUUUGCGGGGGAGGAGGAGGAGGAGGUCUUGUCCCUGUGGAGUCCGGCUACGGUGGAGAGGAUUCGGGUCAGUUGUCGGGAUCCUAUUGUGCGGAGGAGUGAGGUUGUGAAGGGGGAAGGGGAGAAGAGUUGGUUUAUUUCGAUUUAA